AUGGCCUCAGAAGCCCGCCGUUUGCCGGAGGGAAUUUCAGCUGCUCGCUCACCCUUCUUUUUCCUCUUGUGUCUUGGAAUUCAGACGACGUACUUCUCCAACUUCAAGCAGGUGUACACGGCCGGCUACGCGACCUCGCUGGUCUCCCUGAUAUCCGCCGUUUUUGUCUUUGCGGUCUUCAGGAAGUUCCACUGCACCAGGAACUACAUCCACAUGAACCUCUUCUUCUCCUUCAUUCUGAGAGCGAGCGCCGUCUUCAUUAAAGACGAAAUUCUUUUCUCCAAUCAAGACCUGGACCACUGUUUCAUGUCGACUACGUCCUGCAAAUCGGCGGUGGCCUUCUUCCAGUUCAGCAUCCUCGCCAACUACUUCUGGCUCUUGGUGGAGGGCAUGUACCUGCAGACCCUGCUGGCUCUCACCUUUGUCUUCCAGAAGAAGUACUUCUGGUGGUACGUUCUCAUUGGUUGGGGUGUGCCAUCGACAAUCAUCACGGCGUGGAUCUUGACGCGCAACUUCUACGACGACAGAGGCUGCUGGGAUGACACAGAUGUGGCCUUCGUCUGGUGGAUCAUAAAAGCGCCAAUCACCCUCUCAUUGCUGGUCAACUUCAUGAUCUUCGUCAAUGUGAUCCGCAUUCUGGUGCAGAAGCUGCGAUCUCCCGCCGUCGCCGGCAAUGACAGCGGGCACUUCAAGCGACUGGCCAAAUCCACCCUGCUGCUCAUUCCGCUUUUUGGGAUGCACUAUAUGGUGUUUGCUUUCCUACCCGAGAACACGGGCGCGGAGGCCCGUCUUUUCAUCGAGCUCGGCUUGGGAUCCUUUCAGGGAUUUGUGGUGGCCUUCCUCUACUGUUUCUUGAACGGGGAGGUGCAGGCAGAACUGAAGAAGCGGUUUUGGAAGUGGCAGACUCAGAAUUACCUGCGCUACAGUCAACGACGUCGAACCUUGUUUACCGAGAGCAGCACGCUAACGCAGAUUUCCGUCCUUGACAAAUGCAGCAGCCCCAAAGAAGACGCCGGCUGCGGGCCGAGUGCCGCCCCGCCCUGCGACGUCUCCGCCGUUUGAGGAGCAGCAGGCGAGCGCUUCCGCUUCCGCUUCCGCAUCGCAGCGCUCCCGUUUGGCACUGGAUCGGAUCCUCUCACCCGGUGACCCCCAUCCGGUCCGGCUUGUUUGAACGUCUCUUUCGGUUUGUUCCGGUGCCAGUCGUCCGCAAAAACACCACCGGGUUUGGAAAAUAUCGCGAGCAUGUGCAGACGGGGCGGUCGCGGUGAACAUUGGCGACGCCGCGGCAUCCCCGUUCUCAUCUUCGUCCAAUAAAGUCUUUGUUGCGCAU